GGGUAUAGACUACAGACUGCAUAUUAUGAAGUAACGUAACGUGUUUGGUUGGUUAUUCACUUUACUCAGUUUACCUAUUCCCGAUAAAUUUUUUUUUGUAAUUUGUUUGGUAGUCCGCUGUUUACUGUGUCACUCGCUCACUAUUUACAGAGGUAAAAUAAAAUUGUUUAACUUUAGUUUUCAGUUUAGUUUACCUUUUAUAUAAUUUUACCUUAUUACCGGCAUUAUACCUGUCAAGAUGUAGUCAUCUAAAGGACAACACCAAAGGAUGCCAUCAAGUUGCAUUGCGUUGAAGCGUUAUUCCAAAGAUGAGCUAGUGUUGGAUGAUUGGUCUUAAUCACCUCUCGGAAUGAUUUUUGUUACGGUUUGAAUUAUAGGUAGUCUACUCCCAGUAAGUGUUUACCUAUUUUUAAUUUUUAAUAUAAUUAUGUACAAAGUAGGUAUUUUAAUAUUAUUGGUCAAUUAACUAUUAUAUAAUAGUAUUUAUGAGUAUAAAAAGGUAAAUUGUGUCCAAAAAUAUUUGAAAUAAUGUAUCGACAUGUAUAAAUAUAUAAUAUACAUAUAUGCAAGUAUUAGUGUGAGUCUAGUUUUUUAGUACAGCUUAGUUUUGUUUAAAUACAGGUGUAUCAAAUUACACAAUAAGAAAUUUAUUUCUAAGUAGACAGAAAAAAUAUACUGUAUACCUAGGUUACCUUUUUAAAUAAAUAUUUAUUUGAUUUAUAGUGAUAGAAAUUUACAAAAACUUGAACGCCUACUGAUAACACUUUAAUUUUCAUUCUUAGGUCCUAUAUCUAAUUGAUUGUUUAAUUAUCUGUAUAGUUUAUUAUAGAUUUUCUUUUUUCAAAUUUCAUUAUUAUUUUAUUGAUAAAUAUGUACUUAAAUUUAAUGGUUCAUAAAAAUAAUAGCAGGUUUUGUAUAGGUAGUAAAAAACCAACUAAAAAUUAUUUAUCCAUCUGUUAUACUUUACACAUAUUUAAGUCUGCUGUUUAUUGUUAUUAUUUUUUAACCAGUACUUCAUUAUUUUUUUAAUUGUUAAUUUAUCUAAAUAUUUGUAUGUAAUAUUUUAUUUUAUAGUGAUUUUGUGGAUUAUUUUUGUGAUCCUAAAGUAAACUCAAGUAGUUUAUUUGAAUUAAAAUAUGCUUCCCCAAACAACUUUAAAAAGACAAGCUGAAGCUGAUAUUAAGUUUAUUAAUGGUAUGUGCAUUGUACUAUCUGAGAACAAUUUUAAUUUGCAAAGAUUCAAUUUAAUAUUGAAACUAUUUAGUUUAUGCAUAAUAUAAUUAUUUUAAAUUUACUAUUAUAGAUGAUUUAGAUGAUAAUGAGAUCACUUGGGGUAGCAAAAAGUCAAGAAUUAUUUAUAAUUAUGAUUUAAAAUCUGAUUUAUUUUCAAAUAUAAAUGAUUCAGACCAGACUGAAAGUGUAUUUACCCAGUCGGAAUCAACAAGUAAUAAUUUUUAUACAAAUAUUCAUGUUGAUUUUUGUAAUUAAAGUUCAGUUUUCAUUUGUGAAUUUAUUUAUAUAAUCCAAUUUCAUAAAAUAAACGCUGUUUCUGUACGCCCGACCAUGGUUGUUAUCAUAAUAUAAGCCCGACUAUGGUCAGUAACAUUAGGAAUACCCGACCACAGAUUAAAAUAUACCUUAAUAUAUCUUAGUCCGUGCACCCAACUAUGGUCGGUAAGACCAAGACAAUUAGAACCAUGAUUGAAAUAUACAAGUUGAGCAUUAUUUUUGAUAUCAAAAAAAAAAAAUGUGGUGUAAAGGUGCAGCCUCUUAACAAUUUCAUGGUUGGCUAAUGACAAAGGACUCUGAGUGGAGUUUGGUUAUACAUGUUUUGAAAGGCCGUAAAAUUUACAAUUCAAAAAUAAUACAUUUCAUACAUUUUCCCUUUUUUCCUACCUUCUUUUACGGGUUUUCCCAUUUAUUAUGAAAACUACCGAGAAUAUUAAAAAAUGACAUUCUUAAAGUACCCAGUUAGAUUUCCUUUCAGAAAAAGUGCUACACUUAAAAAUCAGAGAAAAAUUUGACGAUGGAAAAGUUUAAAAAUUUAAUAAUGAAUAUCAUUAUUAAACUCUCCACUCAGAAUCUAGAAUCUAGAACAAAAUAUGCCAAUAUUACAAAAGAAUUACGAUUUUUAGAUAGUAAUCAAAUGUCUUUUUAGAACUGCUCAUUAGUGCAAGCCCUGUUCUUAAAUUAUAUAAUAUACUAUGAUUAAAUACUUACUAUAUUAUUAUUAAAACACGGAUGUUGUAGUAGUAACAGACUAGUAAAAUUGAUUGUACUAAAAAUAUUAAAAAAUGCACCAAAAAAUAACAAUUUUUUUUACAACAAUGGAAAUAGUUGGCCAAAUUUUUGGCAUAUUUACAAAACAUUAAUAGAACACGAUUGCUCAAAAUUUACGGAGUGACCAAAGAACAGAUUAUAACUGUCAAACAGUUACAUUUCAUAAAUUUUUUUUGUAUUGUAUUGAAUACCUAUCAACUUAAAAUUAUCAAAAUAAAAAUAAGAAUAUACAAUUAUUAGAUUUUAUCACAGAUAUAUAUAAGUUUUUAUAUAUAUAUAUAUCUGGAUUAUAUGCCUGGCAAUAUAUUAUAAUCUAAUUUAUACGACUAUCGAGCGUUUACUAUAGCUAAAAUAGUUGUAUAAAUGAAUAAAUUCAACAAAACUGCAAUAAAAUUAAAAAAAUUGCAUUUAAAAUUUCUAGAUGUAAAUUCGUAUUUACAUGAAAAGUAUUUAAAAUUUAUUUAGCAAUAAAUUGAAGAAGUAAAAAAAGUUGCAAAUGCAACAACAUCCGUGCCCUAAUUAUUAUAUACUUAUAUACCCAAUUUUUAGUUACACAAAAUAAAAACUUAUAUAAUCUUAUUAAAACAGAAUAUAUUUAUUGAACAUUAAACCGUUUAUUCUUUUGACCACUCUCCUAACUAAUAUACUUACAAAAGAUUUUUGGAUAAUAUUCUCACCAUUCUCACAAUUGUUAUAUUAUUAAAAUAACACUAAAAUUGCUACUAGCAAAGGAUAGUCUUAACUUUUCUGAUCUUUUAAGUUAGUUCAUCAACUGCUUGACACUAUGGCCCCUUCUUAUAUUUGUCAUUGUUAAGACUGCAAUUAAUAAAUAAUCAUAAUAUGCUUAUGUAGUAAUACUUUUUGAUUGAAUGAUUGUGGAAAUAAAUAAUAAUUGUAUAAUUAAUAAUAUAGGUAUUAUAGGCUUAGUAUUAAAUAUUUAAAUAUAUUUUAAUACAUGUAUGGGUAUAUAAUAUGUAUGCAUAUAUAUUAAUAUAUUUGUAUAUGUUGAAUCUGUACAUUAUUUAUGAGGAUAUUUUAUUGGCUACACAUUUGGAUUAUGAAAAUAUGAUUUAUACAAAUAUUAUCUAUAUUUGUAUUUUUAGCGAGGCUAACAUUGUUUAAUUAAUUAAUUAAUUAAUAUUAUUAUUAUUUUAGAAGGAAUGGAAAGUGCAUACAAAUAAAAGCACAAGUGAUUUUAUUUACUAACUUUUUUAAAAUUUGUUACUAGAAAUACAUGUGGCAUUGUUAAAAUUAAUAUAUAACCUAUUUGUUAAAAAAAGAAAAAGAAAAAGAUCAUUGUUAUAAAUAAUUUUAAACAAAAACAUAAAAAUUAUAAUCAUUUAUAAAGAAAAUAAAUAAUAUUUUUAUAUUUAUAUUUCUAUUAUCUAUUUUGUGUAACAUUUUAAAUGAAUUAUCUACUUUUUAAUUUUUUAUCAUAUCUAAUUAAACAUAGUUUUUAUUUGAAAAAGAAGAAAUUGUUCAUUUGGAAAAUUCAAUCUUUUUUCAUCAAUCCUGGAUCCACCAAAAAUUUACAUAACUAGAGCUCAUCAAAUUAGUCAAUAUUUUUAUUGCACUACAUUAAUCUUUGAUGAACUAUUUUCAUUUUUUUAGUUGAAGUAGAAGAAGAAUUUAACUAUUCAUCUGACACUUACAGUUGCAGUUGUGAACAUGAUAGUGAUUGCAACUAUCAAACCUCUAGUCAAUCGGAUGAUACUGAUACUGAGGUAAUAUUAUCUUAUUACAAUAUCAAUAAUAUAUAAUGUUCAUAGAAGUACUUUCUUGUAAUUUUUCAAUAUUAGAUUUACUGUUAAAUGAAAUGUAUUUUUAUUAUUUACUAGCGUCCCGCCCAUGGUUGCCUGUGCCAAUUUUUAUUAUUUGUUUUACCCUUGUUACUUUUUGGUAUUGACCAGUGAGUAUUGAAUGAAAAGUAGGUAGUAGAAAACUAAAAGUAUUCUGUUGUGAUGUUUUUUCAUGACUUUCAUAUUAAAAAUAUCUAAACACCAAAUUUUGGGUAGGAGGAGAUUUCAAAAAAAAAAUUAAGCCUAAUCUAACCUAUCGGGGAGUAGCAAUGCUCAACAGUGGGAGAGCGAGUGUACUGUAUUAUAGUCGCCACUUGCAGAUAGUACAUUUAUAUAAAUUAUUUAUUAUUACUUAUUUUUAUAAGUAUUUGCAGACAAUUUAUAUUAACACAAAAUUAUAACUAUUGUUAAUCUAUAUGUAUUAUGUAUAAAAAUUAAUACAAAUUUUGUUGAUGAUGCUCUAGCACCAUAACUUUUGAAUAACCAAAUUUCUAACUUUUCUGGUAGAUUUAUCAACAUUUUUUUUCAUAUAAACCUUAAUUUUUAUUUACAAUCAAUUUGUUUUUGUUAUGAAAAAAUGUGACAGCAGAAUUGAAUGUCAAUUAUUGAACUAUUUUUGUUGAUUUAUGGGUUAUCUUGGUAAUAAGAAUGAAAUUUAAAAAAAAUAUUGAGAUUUUCUUACCAAAGUACCACCCAAAUUCACAAAUUUUCCUGCAGAUUUUCUAAAAAUUGUCUGUUAUAAAAACAUUUUCUUGACAAUUACAAAUCAACAAAAAAAAAAAAUUAGCCCAACUGGUUCAACUAUUUUCGAGUUAUGGCAUGACCAAGGAAAAUAGGAAUAAUAUGUAGUUUAUUACACAAGUAUCCCACCUUAUUUGACAGAUUUUUUUGUUAAUAAUAUUCUAUUUUUUUCAAUUUGAUUUUCUUUGAAAUAUUCAUCUAUUAAGAGAAAAAUUAAAUUUUUAUUUUUAACCCCUAAUUUCUAAAAAAAAAAAAAAAACUAUUCACUGCUCAAAAUUUUCAAUAAAGCUAUUUUAUAAAAUAUAUUAUUCUAAGCAUUUUAAUGUAUCAUAAUUUAUUCAUAUUUGAUUAAUAGUUUCUUACUAACAGCUAUUUUAAUUUAUAGAGACAAUGUGUGAUAAACGAGACUGCUUAAUGCAGUAGAGAAUAAUUUUAUUUUUUUGUGUUUUAAGUUGAAAAUUAUGGAAAUUAAAACUUCUGUUACUAAAAAACUAUUGAUCAGAUAUGAUUGUAUGUAAUUUUAAAGUUUUUAGAGUAAUAUCUUUUACAAAAUCGCUAUUUUGAAAAUUUUGAUAACACUCUAGAAGUGAAUUGGUCCAAUUUAAGAUGUGGGCAUGUUUUGCCCAUUUCGUAAAAUGGCCAAGAUGAUUAAUAAAUUGAGCAAAACUAAUAAUGUACAAAUAUUUAUAAUUGUUAAAUCAAUAUUUUUAAAGUGAAUUGAAUUCAGAAAACAUAAAAAUUAAUUAUUAUAAUAUUAUGUUUUGAACAAAAAAUUUGUCAUAAAUAAUAAAUAAAAACGAUUCAUUAAUAAUCAAAAAAAAAUCAUUAAUCUAUGUUUCUAAAAUAUAUUUUCUUUGUAACUAUAUGUUUGGCUAGUGUAUUUCAUAUUAAUAAAAUACCAGUUCAUAAAACAAUAAACUUAUUGUUUAAUUAAUAUUUUAAUAUUAAUAUAGUUUAAUUAAUUAAUAAUUAAUUAAUAAAUUGGGUGACUCAUAUGACUAUUUCACAAAAGUAUCUGAAAAUUACCCAUCAUGAAUUGGACAAAUUCACUUAUGGUUGUAACAUAUAUAUAUAUAUAUAUAUAUAUAUCUUCUUCAUCAUUAUCUUUAUGUCUAUAUUAGGGUGGCCCUUCGUCAUAUAGGUGAUUUUUUUUUUAUAACAUUUUAUUCAGUCUUACCCCCUAAAUUGGUUCAAAUAUGUAUAUAAAUGAAGUAUACAAAAUUUCAUAUCGAUAGAUUAAGUUUAACCCGUGCCCCCCAGNCUUUUGUUCUAUAUAGUUUUUUGAUUAACGUAAUAUUUAUUAAUAUAACUGAUUAUGAAACAUGCAAGUUUUUAAAAAGCGUAACAAUAUUACAAAAUGUCUAAAAUAUUGUUAUAUUUUUAUAAUUUAUUUGUUCUCCAAGUUCUGAUAGCGAUUCUGAUUCUAGAAAAAAUAUUUCAAACAAACCGUUAGAUGCAGAAAAAACUUCCGAAUUCCCAGACCUUCCUACAUUUAAAAAUAGAGGUAAUAAAAAUUGUAUAACAUUGAAACUUGCAAUCGCAUUGGAUAGGUGGAAAUAAGUGAUCGCGAUGCAGUUCAUAUAUUAACAGCUACUGUAGAAGCGUUAGGUAUACGUGUAAGUGAUUUAAUUUUAAACCGGACAUCUAUUAAUCAAAUACGCCAGUGUUUACGUAAGGACAGAGCAGAUCAACUUCGAAAUGAAUUCAAUUCAUCAGAAGUAGGUCCAGUUGUUGUUCAUUGGGAUGGUAAGCUGCUCCCAGAUUUAACAGGAAAAGAGCUUGUUGAUCGUUUACCAGUAAUUGUUUCUUUUAAAAAUUCUGAAAAGUUGUUAAGUGUUCCUAAGCUUAUAUCCGGAACUGGUCAAAAUCAAGCGGAAGCAGUGUUUAAAGCACUUAAAGAAUGUGGCCUUAUCGAUAAUAUACAAGCUUUAUGUUGCGAUAUAACGGCUUCGAAUACAGGUCGUCUAAAAGGAGCAUGUAUAAUUUGGAACAGCUAUUAGAACGUGAUAUUUUAUACUUUCCUUGCAGGCAUCACAUUUACGAAAUUAUACUUAGAUCUGCAUUUGAAAGUUGAAGUAAAUUUUGGAGUUACAUCUGGUCCAGAUAUUCAAAUUUUUAAACGUUUCCAACAAUUUUGACCGAAACUUAAUGUUAAUAAUUAUAACACCGGAAUAGAAGAUAUAAUUGUCAGUGAAAUAUUAAAUGAUGUAACUAAUGUUGUUAUUUUUUUAUAUGGACCAAUUACGCAAAUCUCAUAACGGAGACGAUUACAGAGAAUUGUUGGAAUUAGCUGUGAUAUUUCUUGGUGGUACCCCUACUCGUGGCAUAUCUUUUCAAUGUCCUGGUGCAAUGCAUCAUGCUCGUUGGAUGUCCAAGGCCAUAUAUUCAUUAAAAAUAUUUAUGUUCCGUAAACAAUUUAAAUUAAAAAAUUAUGAAGAAGAAUCAAUCCGUACAAUUUGUAUAUUUCUUAUACGAUUAUAUAUUAAAGCUUGGUUUUGUGCACCUAUUGCCGCUUUAGCUCCAUUUCAAGACUUACAAUUUUUGAAAAGUCUCAUCAGUUAUGAAAAAAUACAUAAAAACAUUUCUUAAUCAACUUUAAGAAAACUAUGUGGACAUUUGUGGUAUUUAGCACCUGAAACAGUAGCAUUGGCAUUUUUUGAUCCUAAUAUAACAAUUGAGACAAAAAUUAAAAUGGUCGAUAUUAUAAAAUUAAAUAAUUUAACUUCUGAAAUCAAUAGACGAGUCAUUGUGUCGCUAAAUGAAGUAGCUCAAUUCAUGAAGAAAGAAAUAAAUGAUUUUAUUUAUAAAGAAUCUACUUCAUUUUUUUCGCAAUUUGGAAUAGCAACAUCCAUCAAUGUGGGAUAAAAAUGAAGAUUUUCAAAAAGGCCUUGAAAUUGUAAAUACAUUUCGUGUUAUAAACGAUACGGCAGAAAGAGGGGUAAAGCUCAUGGAGGAGUAUAAUAUGGUCUUAACAAAAAAUGAAGAUCAAAAACAAUACGUGCUUCAAGUUGUUGAAGAUUAUCGCCGUAAAUACCCGAACAGUUUAAAAAGCACAGUUAUAGAACCAUUAUAAUNACAAUAUUUUAGAUAUUUUGUAAUAUUGUUACGCUUUUUAAAAACUUGCAUGUUUCAUAAUCAGUUAUAUUAAUAAAUAUUACGUUAAUCAAAAAACUAUAUAGAACAAAAGUUAUAGACAAUUUAAUUUACUAUAAAUAAUGUCAGAAAUUUAUUUUUGUAAAAAAUGAUAACAAUGAGAUAGCAGUCAAUCAAUUAAAAAAAACUGUGGUUACUUGAACAGAACCAUAUAUUUGAACUCUGAGGGCUAGGGGGCACGGGUUAAACUUAAUCUAUCGAUAUGAAAUUUUGUAUACUUAAUUUAUAUACAUAUUUGAACCAAUUUAGGGGGUAAAACUGAAAAAAAUCCAAUAUCAAAAAAUAAGGGCCACCCUAGUCUAUAUAUUAUGUGUGUGUGUAUAUAUAUGUGUGAAAAACAAUUUUUUGUUACGCAUGUUCUCUGAAACAACUAGACCAAUUUGUGUGUGGUUUUUUUUGCAAAAUGAUCCCCAUUGUCUGGAGAAGAUUUUAGACUACAGUAGAACCUAAAAUAUCCAAGCCUCCAUUAUUCAAACUAUAACGUUUUGUUUUUGGGAAUGGGGACAUUUUCACUACUUUUCAAUGGGAAAACCUCCAAAUAGCAGACACAAUAUUAAUCUCAAUUUAAAAAUAAUGACAAAAUUACUGUUACAAAACGUGUUUACAUUUGUAUGUACUCUCGUAUUAGUGAAAUUACAUAACAAACUUGUUUAAGGAACAAUAAGAUUAUGAUAAAUUCACUUAAUGGUGGAAUAGUGACAAAAAUAUCAAUGGUUUGUGAUGUUUGUAUGAGUACAUUUUGUUAGUUAGUGCCGGUUUUUGAUGCAAUGAGUACGUUAAAAUGAAAAUGGUUGUCGCUUCAUGAAAAGUCAAGACUAGACCACUGUAAAAACAACAGAAACAUAGGAAUUUAUGCAUUCGCAGAAAAGUUUGAAGUUAGAAAAACAGAUUGCGGAUAUCAUGUCUAAUAGUAUAUUUUAUUUUAAUUUUAUAAUUUACAGAUAUGAGUCUUAUACGUAUUACAUAAUUAUAAACAUAGUAUUUAAUCUAAUAUUUUAUUCUUUGUAUUCUAAUCUAUUUAUGAAAUUAUUAAAAUAUAGAUAGCUAUUUGAAAAUUAAAGUAGGUAGUUGUUUCACCUCCUAAAUAUGAGACUAAAAAAAAAAAUGUUAACAUUUUAGAGCUACUUAUUUCUUAAAUUGUUAAAAAAAAAAUUUUUAAAUAAGUCAAUAAUUUACGAAAUCAUAUUUUUUUUUGUAAAUUAACUUAUAUAUUUUUAUUUUACCCAAUAUGGAACAAUAAACGUUUUUAUAUAAAUAAAAUUUGAAUAAUGACUACCUACAAUGAUUCUUUACAAUAUAUUUUAGGGGAGUUUAGAUAUUAUGUUUAAUAAAUUAGUAAAAUAUUUUUAGGAUAAUUUUAUAAAAGCUUAUUAACACCCUUAUACAGAGUAUAACAGUACUAUUUAACAAAUUUUUUUUUUUUUUUUUUUAAUAUUUAAAAAAAAAAUUGUUAUAAUUACCAGAGCACUGUUUUAUAAUUUUUAUAUUUAUUUUUAUUACUUUACAGGUGGAAACAAAAAUAAGCAUUUUUUAAGUCCAAGAUAACUAUUAUAUAAAAUAAUUUAAAAAAAAAAAAAUGUUGGUGUUUAAAACUAUCAAUUAGUUUAUGCCAUUAAUUUUUAAAGCAAUAAAAUCCAAAUUCUUUUCUUGUUAAUUUUACUAAGUAUAGAUUAUAUUUAACUAAUGAUAAAUGAUAUGAGUUUAUCAGAAUUACAGCUUAAUUUUAUAUGAUAAAAAUAUUACCUAAUAUAAAAGAUAUAUUAUGAUAAAUAAUUAUAUUUUUUAUUUAAAAUUAAUAAAUAAAAUUUAACAAAAAAAUAUUUAAAUUAUAGCACCAAGAUUUAAUAAUAUUAAAAAAAAUAAUAAUUUGAAAAUAUUCAAUUAAAAAAAAAAUGUUACAAUAAAGUUCUUAUUAAGUUUUUGAUUGGAUUAAAAUUUUUGACAAUAACAAAUACAAAGAAUAAAAAGAGCUGAUACUGGAAACGGGGUGUCACUGUUCUAGGUGGAAAGUUGGAAAUGUAAGAUUCUUAUAGUUAUUUAAUUUAUUUUUAUAAAAAAAUAAUUCAGAGCAUAGUUCGGUUAGUUUUGACAUUUUGAAAAUCCAUAAUAUUUACAUUUUUCCUCAAAAUUUGAUAAUUAAAAUUCUUUUAAAAUAAAAAAAAAAAUACUACAUUGCACUUUAGCAUUUCCAUCAAAUAGUUUUAUCCACUGAUUACUUACCAAAUAUAAGUUAUCUAAGUAACACAGAAAAUUUAAAUGCAUAAAUAGCUCAAAAAUAGCUCAAAUGUUUUUAAAAUUUUACCAUGUCUAGAAAAAAGUAAACCUAAGUUGUACCUAUAUCAAAAUGUCAAGUUUCUAUAAAUAUUUUUAAGUGAAUUACCUCAAAAAUAAUAAUAAGUGAAUUAUUUUUAUACAUUUUCCUGAUCUUUCUGUCUUUUUCUAGUUUUCCAUAAUUGUGAAAAUUAUUUAGAAAAUCAAUAAACCACUUACUUUAAUAUUUCGUCAGCAAUUUUUUGAUUAAAGCAAUAUUUCUAGUUAAAAACAUAAGUUUGCAAAAAUUACAAAUAAUAAAAUCAGCAAAGCCCUGGUACGCUAUAAAUAUUUGCUGUUUUACCUAUAAUUUUGUUUCUUGUUUUUCCCAAUUAUUUUGAAAACCGCCUUGGAAAAUCAAAGAAAUUACCUCUCUACAUUACCAAUUAGAUAAAAUUUUCUUUCAGAAAAGAUACUACACAUUUAAAAUAUCAGAGCUAGUUUUCUUUACAAAGUUGUUUACACAAGAUAUAAAAAAAAAAAACUCAUAGUAAAAUCAAUAAAUGCUUGCUCCGCUUCGAAACUAAAAGUUAAUACAUUUGUUAAAUAGUCCUAUUAAACUUCUUAUACCUAUAUAACUUAUAAGACAAAUUAAACUUUUACCAAAUCUUUAAUAAUUAUCUUAGUUAUUUAAUUUCAGGAUACAGAAAAGGAAAUUAUACUCGGUAUUGACAAUGGCUAUUUAGGUGAUGGAAAUUUUGAUGACAGUUUCAUUGCAUAUACAAGGCCAAUUCCUGCUUUUUUUAAAAAUUGUUUAAAUUGUAACAAAGUAAAUGACAAUCCCCAUUACCAGAGCUGUUAUAAAUGUUUUAAAGUAAGUAUUUGUAAGAUGAAUACAAUUAUUUAUUUUAAACAAAAAUUUUAAAACCCGAUAAAAAUUAACAAACAAAUAAUGAACUAAUACAUAUUUAAAAAGAUGUUCAGAAUUGUAAUGUUUAAUAAUACUAUAGCAGGGGUAGCUAAACGGUCAAUUGUGAUCGACCUGUAGACCGCGGACAAUUUAAAUGUCGAUCUCCCUUUUGUUAGAAUUUAUUUCCUAUGUAAUUAGUAUACAUUACUUUAUUGCUGAUCAUUUUUUUCUUAAUAUAUUAUCAUUAUUUUGUUGUAAAUUUAUCAAGUAAUGCAUUACUUGAUAUAUUUACAAUUCAACAGCAUUUAUACUGGCAAUUGUAUUUACAAUAAUAUAAUUUUUGAUUGAUUAACUAUAACAAUUUUGUAAAUAAAUCAGUGUUCAUUUACAGUUGAGUAUGUAUGCCUUAUGUUGGUGUAUACUGGAUGAUUAUUUUUUCGUUAAACACUCAUUAUCUCGAAAAGUAUUAACUUUUUUGGGAAUCUGUUUUGUAGAAAAUUUAAGAAAUAAGCAGCUCUACAAUUUUACAUUUAUAUAUUAUUUUUUGUCGCCCUAAUUUUUUGGGUUGAAACUAACUACUUGAUGACUACCUACUCAUGAUUUUCAAGUAGCAAUCUAUAUUAAAAAUCCCAAAAAUUGACCGAGGAUUAGUGUUUUUAGUUGAAAGAAAUUCUGGUCUUAAAAUGUUUAAUUUUCGUCAAUCCGUUAACAAGAUAUUCCACUUUUAAGUUUAGGUUGGAGUAGAGUAGUGGAUCAUAAUUUGGGUGGCGGCAUAGCGCACAACCUUUUAAUAAUGCAACACUACUCUCCUUUUACCCAAACUUAAAAGCUAAAUAUCUCGUUAAUGGAUAGACGGAAAUUAAAAAUGUCAACACAAAAAUGUAUUUUAAUACUUCAUCUGUUCAUGCAUUUUCAAUAUAGGUAACCAUUUGAAAAUCAAAAGUAGUCAUUUCAGCCAGCUAUCUUAACGGACACCUCUCUUAACUGACAAAAUAAUAAUGUCCCAUCAAAAAGAUAGGCAUUCUAAUGUAUUUCAGCCUAUCUUUAGCAGACUCUUUCUAUUAUAGACACAAACAGUAAUAUUUUUCCCCAAUACCUCGAUAACGGACAACUAUCUUAGUUCAAAAUCAAAUGUAUUGCAAACGUAUACAUACAUACCACGCAACAGUGUCGCCGGUCUAUAUCGUUUAGGUACCAAUUAUGACAGAUUACAUGUUUGAUAAUAUAAGGAUAAAGUUAAUUGCAAGGAUGAAUAUAACCAGAAGCGUGUAUAAAACUUAAAGACUAGUUAGUGUUUAUUCCGUAUCGCUUCGCUAUUAGUGUUGUACAUUUUAGAUUCCGAGGGUAGCGAGAACUAUUGGUUUUAAUAAGAUGUUUAUUUUUUCUUUUUUCUUAUUUUGUUCUAGUCUGUGAACACCUUUUUUUCCUAGUAAACUUGCACCGAUUUUUACGUAUAACAACUUUUCUGAAAGCUCAAGUUGUCUAGAUUGUACUUUAGAGAAGUCAUUUCUUUAAUUUUCGAUCUCAUUUUUUAAAUAAAAGCACUUAAGUGGGAAACAACGUGGGAAAAUAUAAAAUUUCACAAUUUCAUUAUUUUAUAAAAACACAAACGACGUUUUCUACCAAAUAAAUGAUUUAAUCAAAAAAUUAUAAACUAUCUUUUUUAUUGCAUUUUUGAUUUACUUUCUUACGGUAUCAUUGCCAAAACUAUUGAGCCACUUUUGAACAUUUAAGGAGUUUUAAUUUUAGGGAGUAUUUUUGCUGUAGUUUGGUUUUAAGUACACUUAGAGACUUGCAACUUAGUAAUAAUACUUAUAUUGGACUUAGACUUACUUAGACGUGGUAAAAUUUCCCAUCCCCAGUAUCAGCUUUUUAUUCUUUGUAAUGCCAUCCCCUGUUUCUAUCUAUUACAGACACCUAUCUGUAACAGACAUUUUUAUGGUUCCGUAACUAUUUGUUUCACUGUAAUACAAAUAACUAGUUAUUAGUUUGUUUUUUUUUAUUAUAUAUUUACAAUCUAUAAAUAUAAUUUAGCACAAUAAAUAAAUGAGAUGAACAAUUUUUUUUUAGUUUUAUUUGAGUGACAUGAGAAGGGAGGUUAUGCAAUGGUAGAACCCAAAGUUAUUAGUUAUCAUAAGUAUACAGACAUAACUCACAAAAAUGAAACUAAUUUCAUUUUUGUUGUAAAAAGUCUUUUCUUAAUUUCAAAAUGAUGAAGUUUAUACAUACUAUAUAGUAUAUAACAUACUAAACCACUGAACGUGAUAGCAUAUCAUACGAGUGCAUAAAAUAAUAUUUUUUUUGAAAAAGUCAAUAAUUUGCGAAAUAAUAAGUGUUUCAAAGAAUCACCCUGUAUUUAUAUAAUUAAUGUAUUUAUUUUAUUUAUCUUGUUAACGCUUUUAUUAGGCAUAAAAAUGUGUACUAGUUCCUUUGUACACACGCACACUUUUCAGAUUCUGAUCCUAGUGAAGGUCAUUUUUUAAUUUUCUAAAGUGGUUUUCAAAAUAAUUGUGAAAAACCAGAAAGAAAACCAUUGGUACAAUGGCAAACAUUUACAGCACACUGCUGUGUUGACGUUUCUAUUGUGUUAUAGGUACUUAAGUAUUCUACCAGAAAUUUUACUUCAAACGAAAAAUGACAGAUUGAUUUUGUUUCUUUUAAUAUUUCGUGACUGACAGUGCAAGUUGUUUUAUUGAUAUCUAAAGUAUUUUUCAUAAGAAUUGAGAAAAAUCAAAAAAGACGAAAUAUACCUUUUUUUUCAAAUUAAACAACGAUUUCAUUAUUUUAAAAUUUUAUGGCUUAUAUUUUCUAUCAUAAAUAGUGCUUCAAUCGAUAAAUGACGAAACUAUUUUUGUUGUAUUUUUAAUCUAAAGGUGGGUUUACACGCUCAGUUAAACAGUGCAAAUGAACUGUAUGUGUAAAUGGAAACCAUAUGACUGCACAGUUUAAAAUUUUGGAAUAUGCUAGUUCUGGCGAUACCUGAAAAAAAUUGUGCAGUUAUAGUAGUUGCACAGUUUUCUUGUAUUUAUAAAUAGAUAACUGGGUUUUAGACGGUUUUAAAAUUUAAUACCUACAUUGAAGCGCGUAUUUUAGGAUGGAGAUUUUUUAAAGUUCAGAUAAAAGUACCUAUAAUUAUGCAACAAGCUAUAAUGAUAUUUGCUAAUUGAUUAUUAUUAUGAUACCUAAUUGAUUGCACACUUUUUAUCUGAACUUAAAAAAAAUUAUAUUAAAAAUCUCAAAUUUAAUGAAAAUUAAGUUAAUACGUUAACAUUUUUAGAAGAAUAUUAAAUUCUAUAAAAUGGCUAUCUUCAAUUUUUUUUAAAAUAUGCAAAUAAAAAAUUAUAUUUGUAGUUGCUUAUUUCUGUGAGUAAUAUUAUUAAAAAAAAAAAAAAAAAAACCAGAAUUUGAUUAUCUUUACUAUUUUUAUUAUUGUAUAAACUUUAGAGAUAUUACAAUGGGUAUAUCUUUAUGGGACACUGUAUGUCAAUGUUAUAUUUGUACAAUAAAUAUAAUAAUUAAAAAUCAAAAUACGCUAUUUCAUUCUUUAAAUAACUCUCUAAUUAUUCAUAUUAAAACUUUUUUUUUGUAGAAUCGAACACAACUAGUUGAACUUAAACCCAAUCCAGUUACGAAGAGAAGGCUUAAACGUUUGAACAAAAUUCAUACAGAAGUACAGCAAAAUAGUUUACCUUUUACGAAUUCCCAAGAAGAAUCCAGCACAUCAAGUUUUCAAAAAAUUAACCUAUCAAAUUAUUAUGAACCUAGUCAAUCUCAUCAAGAAACAUCUGGUACAUUUGGCCUAUCUAGCUUAUGCUUGACUAAGGAUACAAAUGAUAAGAUUUAUUUUGAAGAAGAUAUAUGUAAUAUAUGCUUUUUAAAGCCAAAAAAUGGUUUUUUCAAUCAUGAAAAAACAUCACAUAAUUAUUGUUGCUAUUCAUGUGCUAAACGUAUUUGGCUACAAACCGGGAAAUGUCCCAUAUGCAAUAUUAAAAUUGCAUAUGUGACAAAAAAAAUUAUUUUUUAAAUUUUUUUUUUUUUUUUUAAUGAUGUUUUUAUUAUUUUGUUAUUAUAUAUUUCAUAUUUUAUUAUCAAUUAAUUACAUAGAUGUUGUAUUGAAAUAAUAGGAAAGGCGAAUUCAGAAUUUUUUUUUUUUUUUAUAUAAGAGAAAAAUAUAAGAUAAUAUAUUGUGAUAUUAAAAAGUAAAAAUUGUUCCUCAAUUGAUACCAAUGUGAAAAAACUGUCCUAGGAUAAUAAGGAUGGGUACAGCCAUUUUUCUAGGUGGAAAGUUGGGAGGUAGGAUACGGAAGGGAAUGUUAUGUAUAUCUGUAAUCAACCAUUAUUUAUGAAAAAACUAUUUUGAGCGGAAAUCGGUUGAUAGUGAUGCUUGGUCAACAAUAUAUAGUAAAAAUAUGAAAUGGUAAAUAGUUAUUAUACAUUUUCUUUAAUAAUGUUUGUUUAAUAUUGUACUGAUUUUCCUGGUUUUUUACAUUUGCUGGGAAAAAUCAAAAAAUGAUUUUCUCAAAGUACCUUUUCAGUAAGAUUUCCUUUAAAAAAAAUUGCUAUCAUUUUAAAUCUGAGUAAAAUUGCUGCUAGAAAAGUUAUCUUCAG